AUGUACAAGCCUUACAAGCAGGUGAUAGAAAUCGAAACGACCCAUCAAAUGGUCAGUGAUCUUCCAGUAAGCUUGAGAGCAGCAACAGUGGCGCUGACGGUAGUUGCUGCGGCGCAGCCGAUAACAACGGUGCUGACGGCCGAAGAACAGGAGCAGCUACGCGCCCCAACGACAGGGCGCUUGCGACAGCGAAACAUGUCUAUUACAGAAUUUUUGAAAGAUCUGCCGUGCCACAAUGAGGAAAACUUUUCGCUCUUCAAUACGGAAAAUGGCGUGAAAACAUCCUCGAAAAGGCCUUCCGUAUACAUCCCCACGGUGGAUAUUCCUUCAGAGCAGGUAAUAGUCACCGACAAGAAGAACAUUUUGCUCCGUUACAUACAUCACCAAUGGGAUAAAAAGAAUCCACCCAAAAAGCGUGAGCUUGAAAAUGCCUCGAAUGAUCUGCUCCGUAAAAGACCCCGCCUUGAAACACGCGACAAUAACAACACGUAG